UGAAAAGAUCUUCCUUAUUAUCACAAGAAGAAAAGAGAAGAGAAACUUAUUGUAGCAGUUGAACUAUAAAACUAACAGAGAAGGAAAAAAAAAACAGAGCAACGAGUCCAACAAAACACGAACUGUGUGUCCUAUCUAUCUCAUUGGUCCUCUUCUCCUUUCUACUUUCUUGUUUCUUGAUCCUAGAAAAAUGGCUCUGAACAGAGUGUGUUCCGAAGAAUUUAGUUUUCCAUUGCUCGCUUCCCGAGUUUCCGGCAUCGGUUCACCUCCACUGUGGAAACCCUCGCCAGAGAGAGGUUGGGCGAGACCAGUCAUCGGAAGGGACGGUGAUAACGAUCUGUCGAAGAGCUUCUCUUAUGUGGAAAGAAGGAGAAGUCUUUGGACAGAUAAAGCAGAGGAGAAAAUGGAUAUGUUGUGGGAAGAUCUUAACGAAGAACUGCCCCCGAGGAGAAGCCAGAGUCUUAGGAACGAGCUCAGCGGAGAUGGUGGAGAGAAGAAAUCGUCUUUGUUAAUCGACGAGAGUUCCGCCGUGGCCGUGGGAUGCGGGAUGAAGUUAACGAAGCAGAAGAAGAAGAAGAAAAGUCCGAACGUGUUGGUGUUGAUGAGGGUUUUGAAGAAGCUUCUUGUUUUACGAAGUUCGUCUCAGAGAUCGCCGGCCAAAACUCAUCCGCGGUGAAUGCUCUCAUAACUUUGAAUUGAGGGGUUCUUCUGUAGAAUUCAAAAGCUACGUGUCUUUUGUGGAGAUUGAUACUUUAAUUGUCUCAAAAAAAAAAGCAAAACAAAUGAAUUUAUAAGGUAAAAAAAUAGAAGAGGGUUAGAAUAAGAGGGUUCAA